AAUGAUUAUGAAAAAGAGGAGGGGGAUAAAGAGUGUUCUGUUCCCGAAUACGAUAUACGAGAUCUCUUUUUCUCAUGUUACCAAACCGAGCCCUAUACACGAGUAAGGUCCCAAAGCAUAUUACUCUAUAUGGUAUGAUGGAUCAGGUCUCACCGUCUCACCAUUGAAUUCACCGAAAAUGGCCGCUAAACCUCUGUAACCUUGAACCAUGUCUAUGUCAUUGUCUUCUACACUUUGCUCUCUAAUUAUUCUGUAAGUUUGAACCAUGUCGAUGGCAUUGUCUUCUACUAUAUGCUCUCCAAUCCCAUCCCUCAAACCUCCUCAGUUUUCCUUCAAACUCUCCUCACUGAAACUUAUCUCCACUCCAAUUUGUUCCCAUAUCAUUCCGUUUCGCUCUUCUCCAGUCAGAAUACAAUCGUUAAAACCUGAGUACACCCGUAAUUUGUUAGGGUUUUGUGGUAAACAGUCUGGGUUUUUAUUGGGUAGGAAGUUAGGGUUUCGUGUAAGUGCAGAGAAUGGAGACGGAGAGAGUAAGAGUGUGGUGGACGAAGCUGAAGAAGAGGCGCGAGGGCAGAGCACUAUGCCUGAACGGUUCAGGUACUUGACUAAGGAAGCCCCAGACCUUCCUAUAAGGUGGCCUUUGCUCAUAGUGCUGCCUUUCCUCAUCUAUGCCUGGAGAACGGUAUUGUGGGAGCUGUCCAACUGGAAAAAGGCUGUAGUGGGUAUUGUCCACUUCAUAGGAUACCUCUUGAAACUUGCAUUGGCUUUUAUUUUCCAUUUCAUAGGUGGCCCAAUCACUUCUCUAAUCAGGGGUGUCGAGAUUACAAUCUACACCAUUCAAGAUUUUUGCUCAGCUGUGAUAGCAUAUGUUCCUUUCCGAGAGCUGACUUUGAUAAUCUUGUUGGCAUCUGCUGUAUUUGCCAUUGCUGAAGACAGUGUCCCGGAUUCUGUACACAGCCAACCAUAUAUUCUUGCAGUAGCUGGUCUAAUUGGCUUUGCAGCUGUGAGAAGCUUCAUAUCUGAGAUUUUCUUCUGGAUGCUUCUAUUGGGUUUAUUUAGUUUUGCUCGGUUCAUUAAAAAGAGAGAUUAUGUUUCUUCUGCGUUGCCUGUUGCUGCUGUGCUGGCUGCCAUUGGAGAGCCUUGGGUUAGAGUUGUAGUGAUAGUCUCAUAUCUGAUGUUGGCUAUUAAUCACAGUUCAAAGAAGUUACCAGAAGGUAAAGGCAAAGGUGAAGCUGAUGCAACAGGUAGGAAGUUUCCCAUUCCAGUGAUCUACGGCCUACGUGUUGCUGCUAAGUGGGCUGGGUAUUGCCAUUUGACUUGGCUGGUAACGUGACCAGCAGAGUGAAUGUCCCUGUUAUCCCAAGGCAAAUAACCUUUUUUGCGCCUGUUGGAUUGUAAAGGCAGUGAGUGCCUGCCUUGUGUGAAGCUAACUGGAAGUAAAAAACACGAGGUGGCAAUUGAAAUUUUGUCAUCUUUAUUUCUUCCGCUAGUCUCUUGCAGGUUCUAAGAAUGCCUUUCUGGUUAUAUGAGUGAUUUUUAUACGAGCCCUGGAUCCGGCAUGCUGCCGCCUUCAGCCCAACAUAACCUGGAUCUAGAAUUUUCUCAUGAAAUUUAAUUGGCAUUUCGUUCUUGCUCUGCCUAAUUUUCUGUGUAUUACUUCAUUAGAGGCUAAGCACCUGUGUUUGUACUCUUAGACGAGUAAAAAACAUGUAAUUUGGGUUCAUCUAAAUCAGAUUCUACGUGGCAUGGUAUGGGUAGGAGAGGGAUAGAAUUAGGAGACAGAUUGUCAAAUUUCAAUAAGAUUUUGAUUGAUCUUCA